GUGAAUGAUCCCAACGGCCCAUAAGUAGCAGCGAGGUGUAUUCGGAGGGAGGCGCCAUGUUUGACGACCUUGAGAUUCUCUAUACUCUGCGGUAGCUACGUCCAAAAGAGUCUGCAAGCGCAGCAGCAGCAACCAGAAGAAGAAGAAGAAGAAGAAGAAUGGAAGCGCCUUUGCUGAAUGGCGUCGCCGUCGCCAUCGCCGAGGCAGACUACGAGCCGGUCAAGAGUCUCGGUGAGGUGAAGCAUUUGUUCUUUACAGAGACGAUUAAGCUCUGGAAGUUAGCGGCGCCGAUUGUCUUCACUAUCAUUUGCAAUUUCGGAAUCAACUCUCUCACUAGCAUGUUCGUCGGCCAUAUCGGUGACGUCGAGCUUUCCGCCGUUUCUAUCUCUGUUUCCGUCAUCGGAACCUUCAUCUUCGGCUUCAUGCUUGGUAUGGGAAGUGCGCUGGAGACGCUGUGUGGUCAAGCUUAUGGCGCUGGACAAGUUUACUUGCUUGGUGUUUAUAUGCAACGUUCAUGGAUUAUCCUUACAGUCUCCGGCUUCUUUGUUCUGCCCAUUUACUGGUAUGCUGCGCCAAUCCUAAAGUUUCUAGGACAAGCAGAUGAAAUAGCUGACCUUGCAGGAUGGUUCACAAGGUUACUAAUCCCCGAAAUCUUCUCACUUGCGAUUGUUUUUCCCACCCAAAAGUUCCUUCAAGCCCAGAGCAAGGUCAAUGUCCUUGCCUAUAUUGGGUUUCUGGCCUUGUUAUUACAUGCCGGGAUGCUCUGGCUCUUCAUUUUCGUAUUCAACUGGAACUUAACUGGUGCAGCCAUCGCAAGUAACAUCUCUAGUUGGGUUACUUCUAUAGCACAAGUUAUCUACGUUGUUGGUUGGUGUAAAGAUGGAUGGACUGGUUUGUCGUGGUCGGCUUUCAAUGAUAUUUGGGCUUUUGUUGGGCUCUCCUUUUCAUCUGCCGUAAUGCUUUGUCUAGAACUCUGGUAUAUGAUGAGUAUAAUUAUUCUUACUGGCCAUCUGGAUAAUGCGGUAUAUGCUGUUGGUUCCCUUUCAAUUUGCAUGAAUGUCAACGGGUUGGAAGCAAUGGUAUUCAUAGGUAUAAAUGCUGCCAUUAGCGUGCGGGUUUCCAAUGAGCUUGGACAAGGACGUCCUAUGGCAGCCAAAUAUUCUGUAUAUGUUACAGUAUUUCAGUCUCUUCUUCUCGGAUUACUCGCCAUGGUGAUUAUCUUAAUAGCUAAGGACCAUUUUGCUAUCAUUUACACCAACAGCAAAGAAAUGCAAGCUGCUGUCUCUAAACUAGCAUACCUUCUUGGAAUCACCAUGGUUCUGAACAGUGUUCAGCCAGUAAUUUCAGGUGUCGCUAUUGGAGCUGGUUGGCAAACAUUGGUAGCAUAUAUCAAUCUUGGCUCGUAUUAUGCUUUUGGUCUUCCCCUUGGUUAUCUUCUUGGUUAUACAAAACAUUUGGGAGUUCAGGGACUGUGGGGAGGCAUGAUAUGUGGACUGUUCCUUCAAACCGUUCUGCUUCUGAUCAUACUCUAUAAAACGAACUGGACCCAUGAGGUGAAUCAAUCGGUAGAACGUAUGAAAAGGUGGGGAGGACAAAAGGUCGAAAUCAACAACACCGCUGAUUACACRUGAAGUAGAUUGUCAAAAGAGUAGGUCUACCCAGAUCCCUCUASCUCAGGAUGGAAGCAUAUUUUGGUUCGAAAACUAUAUUUCUAAUCCCUUAUUUCUUGGAUUUGCAAGGCAACUGGUUAGUUUUGGUUAGAAGAGGUGAUGCAAGUCACUAGCAUGCUUACUCAUUGGAAAGAGUAGAGGGGGAAAAAUAAGCAAAAAGAAAAAGAAUGAAAAUGAGAUCAAAUUCUAACCCAAUUUUGAUCAUAUAUGAGAUCAACUACUAUUAUAUUAUCUAUAAGCACACUUUAUCAUUAACUAGUGAUUAGGGAUCAAUCACGUUCUUUCCUCCUUCCAACCCUUUUGUAGACUCUAUUGCCCUUUUGUUAACUAUUGGAAUUAGUGAUUCGGUUGAUAAAUAAUUGGCAUUC